GCCUCGAGGAACGUCCUGUGGGUGAUCGAGGGGACCUCCUGCGACCUGCCCUGGCAGGCUGCCCUCUUCAAAGGGGACAAGUUCAUCUGCGGGGGGACGCUGGUGGCCAGGAACUGGGUGUUGACGGCCGCCCACUGCCACGUCCCAGGCUUCAUUAACGUGCGGCUGGGGGGCCGGGGCCCCAAGGAUCCGGGCAUCUCCGAGCAGCGGCGGCUCUCGGCCAAGGUCAUCAGCUACCCGCGCUAUGACCCGGCCACCAAGGACGGUGACCUGAUGCUUGUCAAGCUCCUCCAACCCGUCCACAUCAACGAGCGGGUGAAGCCGCUGCCGCUGGCCUCCCACUGCCCCGUGCCUGGCAAGACAUGCCAGAUCUCAGGAUGGGGGUCCACCACCAGUCCUGAAGUCACCUUCCCCGAGGACCUCCACUGCGCCAAGGUCACCAUCGUCUCAGAGGAGCAGUGCCGGCGCAUCUACCCCGGCUCCAUCACCCCCAACAUGGUGUGUGCAGGUGAACCCCGCAACCGUGCCGACUCCUGCCAGGGUGACUCCGGGGGACCCCUCGUGUGUGACGGACGGCUCCAGGGCAUUGUCUCCUGGGGCCCAGGUGUCUGCGGGGACCCCCAAAAACCCGGCGUCUACGUCAACCUCUGCAAAUACACCCGGUGGAUCCAGGAAACGAUGAGAAGGAACUGAGCCCCCAGCCCCAGCCCAUCCCCAGCUCCGAUGGCCGCAGGACGGGCCCCGCAGCACCUCCUCCUCCUCCUCCCCGAUGAAGGUCCCCGGAGCCGGCCGGUCCGAGCACCGGGACACGCGCCCCGGGGUGGGCAGGGGCCAGCCGCGGGGCCCUGUGGAGAUGUUGAUGAAUAAAGUUUUAUGACGUGGCUUUGCGCCAUGUCUUCAGCGGGCGGAGUGCAGCUCUGGGAGCUUGAGGUGCCUCCGGUUGCCCCAGGUCUCGUAGGGACAGGAGAGGACAACCAGCUUUGGGCCAAACCAGAUGGCCCCACUGCAGCUAGACCUGUUGACACCACUGUGGGGCAGAUGUCUCUUUUGGCCCCACCAUGGGGUAGACAUGUUGGCCCCUCUGCAGGUAGAUCAGUUGGCCCUGCCAUGGAGUAGACCUGUUGACCUCAUCCUGGGGAAGACCACCACGAGGUAGAUCUACUGGCCCCAUCGUAGGCCUCCUCGCCAUGGAGCAGACAUUUUGAGCUUGCCAUGGGGUAGAGUCUCCAAUGGGGUAGAUCAUUUGGCCCCACCACAGGGUAGACCAUCACAAAGUAGAUCUGGCCCCAUUUUAGAUAGAUCUGUUGGUGUCACCACCGGGCAGACCUGUUGACCCCUCCAUGGGGC